CAGAAUGUCGGAGCUGGAGCGGCUGCGGCUGCGGGACAUCCCCGAGGGCAGGCAGGGCCUGCGGGAGCAGCACGGCAACCUGCACAGGGUGGCCGAGUACUGCGAGAGCAACUACCUGCAGGCCAGCGACAAGCGGAAGGCGCUGGAGGAGACGAUGGCCCUGAGCACCCAGUCCCUGGCCAGUGUCACCUACCAGGUCAGCAGCCUGGCCACCGCCUUCCUGAGGCUGCUGGACCUGCAGGCGGCCCAGCUGCGCCAGGUGGAGGCCGAUGUCACCUGCGUGGCCCAGAGGGUGGACAUCCACAAGGAGAAGGUGUCCCGGCGGGAGAUCGGCUCGCUGACCGUCACCAAGAGGUUCCCACCCUACCAGAAGAUCGUGGUCCCCUCGAACCCCCCCAGUCUGGAGCCCUACUACAGGAAACCCCUCAACUUCAGCGUCCUGGACGACAUCGGCCACGGCAUAAAG